GAACAUGACUUGGGACCCCUUUGUAUACUUCACCACCUUUUAAGAACAGCUUUCUCUCAUCCCCAGUUACCCAGGCCAGACAGAUGCCGCUGGAAAGAUAGCAGCCAUAGUCACACAUUCUGGAUGGGAACGUGGCACUUAAAUCUUGUUUGGAUAAAACAGGGCCAUGGAUCAAUGUUUGGGAAGUUCAUCUUGAGGAGCGAGCCACAUCCAACUUUCCGACCCGACCCCUUCUUGGCUUCCCAGCCAAAUCUUCAGAGAAUUCUUUGUCUUAUUUGUCAAAGCCGCCUUCUCGUAUUCCUAUAGGCUUUGCUGCAUCUGUCAUUACAGAGGGCGAAGAAUCACCUCUGUGCAGAUGUUACUGUGACUAAUGAAUGGCUGUCCUGUUCCCUCAGAGCGCUUAGAGAGCAGUCGUUGGUAACAACGACCCCGCUGUAAAUUUAAGCCACGGUUUGCACAAAAGUCAUGUCAAGAAUAGCAACAAUUGGUUGUGAUGCACGACGGGAGGGGAAACAGAUGUGAACUGUUCGCUGAGGGUUUUGGACACUGAUUAUCAGUUUGACAAGCGAGUUAAAGUCAGUCGACUCAAAUGUUUCGCAUGUUGUCCUUCACCUUUCCCCUCUCCACUGCACAUCGUCAGCUCUGACCUGAGAGGUCAGCCGUUUCUCACACAUCACUCUGGAUUUUCUGACUCCGCUGUUGCAGCACUAGCGUGCGUCAGAUCUCCAUUGCCUCUGAGCCUCAUCGCACGUUUUUUCUCAAGCUAGAGUGGGCUGAGGAUCUUGGUUCUGGCUUUGUUAUCCUUCUGUCUGAUGGCAUCUCUGCAUGGAGUGGUGAAGUUUCAGAGGAGGAUGUGUCCCGUGAAGCCCAGGAGAUGGAGAUGGAGCGGGAGAGGUAUGUUGGUGACCUGCACCUGGCUCUGACCGGAGAGGGACCGGCAGCGGAGGGGGAAUACAGCUUCCACCUGACACCUGAGAGACCUGGCCGCCCCCUGCUGCAGCUGUCUUAUGAGAAGGUGCAGAACGACAUCUCGUUCAGGCUCGGUGUGGUGGAUCUGCAGGCAGUGCCUGAGCCCACUGAAGUCAUAAGGGAGCUCAUUAGGCAUGGCCUGGAGCAGAGUACACGUCUACAGGCCAAAAACCAGCACCUACUGGAGGAGAACCAGAAGCUGAGGAGAGAACAGGAACAUGUCACCAAAGAGAUGCAAAGGUACGUCCAGGGGAAGGAGAGGUUGGAGAGAGACUUGUACAGCCGAUUUGUGCUGGUCCUAAACGAGAAGAAAGUCAAACUCCGAGACCUGCAGAAAAGAGUCAAAGAGCUGGAGGAAUCUGUUGAAGAGAAUCGACUGAGGAACAAGGCAGAUAGUGAAGACCACAAGGCGAUGGAGACUGCAGCAGGUAAGAGUCCUGAAGAGAGUGAUAAUGGAGGCAGUACAGAAGAUGAACAGGAGGCUGAACCCAGACAGCCAGAUCCAAGGCCUCUUACACAAGAGAUGCCAGAAAGCAACCCGAUGGAUGACAGCUUAAAUGACAUCACAGAUGUGGGACCCUGCCGAAAACGCCGCCACCGUCAUCUCCAACAGCUGGAGACGCAAGCCAGACGAGCAGCGCUGGACCAGCGACAGAGAUCCAGGUAUCAUCACUCACAUCCUCAGAUUUACACACAUCCUACGUCUAAUUACACUUUUUAUUGUGGUCGAUCGACUCAUAGCACACCCAAACUCCUGGAGGCCUGUUAUCUAAUGUUGCGUAUGAUACCCAUAAACCCCUGCAACUGCGGCCAUAAAAAUGUCAGUUAUAAUUCCGGGUGUCUUAUUCUCUGGUGUCCAGUUUAUGCAAACUUGGAUGCUGCUUUUUCUCCGCGUCUGUGGCCAGUCAAGCAGACAGAAGAGGCUUUCCCAGAACCUCUUCCAUUGUACGGAAACCAUUGGUUAGUUGCCAGCACCUUGUAGCUGUACUUUUCCAGUUGAGGCCCCCCUGGGUGCUUAUCUGUCCGGCUCUUUUUUUAUUUAUUAAUGGAAAAUAUGUAUAAUUUCCUCCAUUAAAUGUUUUUAAUCUCCUCCUUUGCCAGUACCUCAGUGGUCUCCAUAACUGUACAAGAACAAUCCCAUGAAUGGUUUAGAUUUGCUUUGAGCUAAUUCUUCAGACUUGAUGGCACUCGAGGGACGCUGAUCCUGAGAAAACAUGUUCCUUUUUAAAAUAGUCACACUGUUUUGGAGAUUAUUUGGCAUUAGUUAUUAUUUUUGAGUUAUUAUUUAAGUGUUAUUAUUCUUAGGUUAUUCUUUCAGGGUUUCCCACAGUUCUUGAAUCUCUAUCUAUCUGUCUAUCCGUCUCUCUGUCGUCAUUCAAUUUAUC